CGCAUGCGCAGAACGCCACAAACCACGGGUCGUCCUGUUUGUGUGUCGGAGAGAAGGAAAGUAUUAUUUCGGGAGUUGUUCACUUUUAAUUAGUGGAUCUUGCAUUUGCAGCAUUCACCGGAAAGUGUGGUCGUUUUUCGUUGAUACAUUUCUUCGCUUGUGAAACCGAAUCCAUUCCGUCUGCAGGACUUAAAGCAAGACCCCAUUGUGGGAAAACGUCGUGUCGUCAUAAAACGCAUUGAGAUGGAAACGGAGCUGCCACCUCACGCGGGAGACGCGCUCUCGGUGGUCGACAUGCACACGGGCGGCGAGCCUUUGCGGAUCAUCCGCGGCGGCUACCCGGAGGUCAAAGGUGACGGCGUGCUGUCCAAGCGCCGUUAUGUCCGGGAGCACCUGGACCACCUCAGGAAGGUGCUGAUGUACGAGCCGCGGGGACACUACGACAUGUACGGGGCCGACCUGGGGGUGCUGUUCAUGCACAACGAGGGGUACAGCACCAUGUGCGGGCACGCCGUCAUCGCGCUGGGCCGCUACGCUGUGGACUACAAGCUGGUGAAGGAGCCGCGGUCACCGGAGACGCAGGUGAACAUCCACUGUCCCUGCGGCCUGGUGAGGGCCUUCGUGGAGUACUCCCACGGUAGAACGGGAGCGGUGAGGUUUCUCAGCGUGCCGGCGUUUGCAUUCGCAACAGGUGUGACGGUGACGGUGGAAGGGUUCGGCGAAGUGACCGUUGACAUCAGCUACGGAGGAGCCUUCUACGCCUUUGUGGACGCCCAGAGGUUCGGCCUCGACGUGACCGCGUCCAGGUCUCGAGACCUGGUGGACGCCGCCACGGCGGUGACCAGCGCGGUGAAAUCUCAGGUGAAGUUACACCACCCAACCUCUGACGAUCUGGCCUUCCUCUACGGCACCAUCCUCACCGACGGCAAAGACGAUUAUUCAUCUGAGCCCACCGCCAAUAUCUGCGUGUUCGCUGAGGCUCAGGUGGACCGGAGCCCCACCGGUUCUGGUGUUACGGCCCGCGUGGCUCUGCAGUAUCACAAAGGCCUCAUCCAGCUGAACCAGAGAAGGACGUUCCAGAGCGGAGCCACUGGAUCCCGGUUCACAGGGAAAGCUGUUGAGGAGGUCGAGUGCGGAGACUUUAAGGCUGUAGUGGUGGAAGUUGCCGGCAGAGCUUUUUACACCGGAGUCUCGUGCUUCGUGCAGGAGCCGGACGACGAGCUGACGCAUGGUUUUCUACUGAAGUGAGCCUCGAUGGCAGGCUGCCAUCAAACAUGACUCUACAUUAAGUGCUUCGUAGUUGAGCAAACAAUAUUAAAUCUUCUGACACAAAGA